CCCAUCCCCCCCUUCGCCCCCUCCCCACUUCGCCCUAUCCCCACUUCGCUCCAGCCGUUACAUAGAAAAAAAAAAUCUCAUCUAUUUUAUUGGCUUAAACAUCAGACGGCUCACGGGCGUCGCCGCUGUGAUUUUUUAUGUUGACAACCUGAUACAUUGCUGUCCGUCAUGAUUUCUGUUCGUUUCAGUGAGAGGUUUUUCAUCACGCAUCAAAGAGUUUACGAGUAGAGUAUAAACACGUACGGAAAAAAAGUGUUUUCUUUGCGUUUACGACUUUCAAUAAAACCAUCAAGUGGAAACUUAUGUUGACGCUGAUGUUUUAAAAAUGCGUGUUUGGGUGAGUGGAAAGAUGUGUACUGGGCUGAGUAAUGAUCGAUAGCGGUUGCAACACGAAAGGAAACAUUUCCACUUUCUCUGUUUGGACUGUCGUUGUGAAAUGCUAUCUGUAAAAAUCGUAAAAACUAUCUGUAUUGCAAUUACUUCACUUUUGUUCACAUACAAGAACGUGUAACGCACUCUGCCUCUAACUUGCAAUAUUCGGAAGACAAUGCUGGCAAAUUGAGGGAAAUUAUUGUUAUUGAAAAACAAGCCUUCGGCUUUUUACACAAAGCUUUAUUUUGACGACAAGAUGUUUCUUCGAUUGUCCAUGCCGCUGGUUCUGUUUCUCUUCGCUUGGCAAAGCGAGUCGACACCGACGGUCCAGCAGAACCGACUGAAGCUUCUCUACUACACCGCCUCAGACGACGGCAGCCAUCACCUGACCAACACCAAGAUUGCCGAAGCUCUCGUCAGGAAAGGACAUGACGUCACCUUCCUCCUUAGCGACAGCUGCACAAAAUGGCGGAACGCCAGCGGGGCUGACAUGUUCAAGUUUGCCGUGCACCGGUCACUGUACACGGCGGAGGACCACAAACGGAACGCGCGAGGGCUGUCUCGACAUGCUCUGCGUGGGGAGCUGAGAGGCGUGGUGAACGCGACGAAAUUCUUCCUGAGGCUGAGGUACUCCGCGGAUAGUCAGGGUCGCCGCGCGUGGUUCAACUUUCUAUGGAGCGAGUGCGAUAGCCUGCUGGGGGACAACGCGACGAUCCAGGCGCUGAGAGAAGAGAGCUUCGAUCUGCUGAUCGGGGACGAUUUGUCUGAUUGCCAGCCGCUGCUAGCAGAGACUCUGGGAAUCAAAUUUGUCUUGGUCAGUGAAAACCUCAUCCCGACAAAAGGAAGUUGGUAUGGCAUUCCAAACCAUCCAGCCUACAUACCCGAGCGCCAGGCAGGUCUAACCGACACGAUGAACCUGCCGCAGCGCAUCAUAAACACCUGUCGCUACGUCGUCAACGGUCUGGCCAGGCGAGUCGCGCUUUGGAAGUUUGAGGAUCUCCAGCGAAAGUACAACCUGAGCCCGGAGAAGCGGAUGCCGGAGAUGUUGGCCCAGGCUCAGCUCUGGCUGUUCUACGGGAAAUUUGGGCUGGAGUUCUCCCGACCCUUGCAGCCCAACACUGUGAUGCUUGCCUCGCCCAUGCUGGGUCUCUCUACCGACGAAAUGAUACCGAAGGACCAGCAGGAAUUCCUUGAUGCCGCUGACGAGGGCGUCGUCCUGUUUACGCUUGGCAGUCACGUGAACGAGAUGGAAACUGCGCAGGCCCAAAAGUUUGCCAACGGAUUGGCCAAGCUGAAGCAGCGCGUCAUCUGGCAGUUCCCUGGCAGCGUUACGCAUUUGCAUAUCGGGAACAACACAAAGGUUGUACAAUGGAUGGCCCAGCAGAAGAUAAUGGCUCAUAGGAACACCAAGGCGCUGUUGAGCCACGGUGGUCGGAACGGCAUGUACGAGGCGGCUUGGUACGGCCUACCCAUGGUCGGUAUACCCCUCUUCGGUGACCACUUCGACAACAUGGAGCGAGCAGUCGCUAAGGGGAUGGCUCUGCAGUUGGACAUCACCACGUUGACAGAGGACGCCCUCUACGACACGGUCACCAGCGUCAUCACCGAUCCAAGAUAUCGCGAGAGGGCGCAGCACAUCUCACGCCUGCUCCGCGACGAUCCAGUCAUUCCGUCCGAGAAGGCAGCUCACUGGAUCGCCCAAGUGGGCAAGUACGGCGGGGAGUACUUGCGCCCUCGUGCGGCCGACCUCAGCUGGAUCCAGUACCACCUGCUGGACGUGUACGUUUCCCUGUUCGCCAUUUUGUUCGGUGUGCUUGGUGUGUUGCUACUAGGCUGCAAGGGUAUUCUUUGGCUGGCGUCCCACAACCGCAGGCAACAGAAGAUAAAAAUCAACUAAAGGAAUUAAUGAAUCUAGAACUAUUCACAGCUUUUAAAGUAACGCACAUAGGGAUAGAAUUGCCUUUUAUGACGAUUGGGAGAUAAUGACAGUUUGUAAUUUUAAUUAAAAUUAAGUACGGAGGAAUUAGCUGUUGUGUGUGGUUUUCGUAUUUGUAAUUACAUGUAUAUGUUUUGUUUGGCAACGUUGAGUGUUUAAACAAAAAUAGUUAUGGUUAAAGUAAAUAUUAUAGUAAUCAAGAAUCCAACCGUGCAGAUAUUAUUUUCUUAAUAGUUGUAAUUAAGUUUUUAGAAGGUAUUAGGAAUAUUUAAUAUUUCACGAAACUAAAUGAACCUCCCACAUCUUAAUGGUAGAUCAGGGAUGGUCCGUGAGUCAUUCACAUCCCUUACCGUAGAAACAACGUUCUCCUGUCUUUUGAUUUCUUGUGAUGAAAGUUUUAUUGUGUUUUACCUGGCUUUUGGAUAUUUGUCUGUGUGGGCGUGUCCAUCUAUUCAAACCGUGGACGAAAAAUACCAGUGAACAAAAGAGAACAACAUCGUCCACGAUUCCCAGCAUACGUCCACGAUUGGGGUCGUGUACAAAACAUA